AUGAUGCACUGUAGCACCAACAGGAAGAAAGAGGUACUGGUGGACCUCCUUUGGACAGGAUGGGAUGAGGAUGAAAAUGAGGAUUAUGAUGAUUCUGAUUCUGAUUAUAGGUGUGAUGAUGGUGAUGAUAGCCUGUCUCUGGAUGACUUCCUGUAUCGAGCCAUGAAGAAAUCCCUGCAGACUCUGAAGUCCAAACCCUCCCAUCUCAAACAUCUGGAUCUGAGUCUCAAUAAAGUGAAGGAUUCAGGAGUGAAGCAGCUGUGUGAUUUUCUGGAGAGUCAAGACUGCAGACUGGAGACUCUGAGAUUCACUGACUGCAGUUUGUCAGAGAUCAGCUGUGAUUCUCUGGGACCAGCUCUGAAGUCCAAUCCCUCCCAUCUGAAACAUCUGGACUUGAGUCUCAAUGACCUGAAGGAUUCAGGAGUGAAGCAGCUGUGUGGUUUUCUGGAGAAUCCAGACUGUAGACUGGAGACUCUGAGACUGAGGAGAUGCAGUUUAUCAGAGAUCAGCUGUGGUUCUCUGGGACCAGCUCUGAAGUCCUACCCCUCCCAUCUCAAACAUCUGGACCUGAGUGACAACAACCUGAAGGAUUCAGGAGUGAAGCAGCUGUGUGGUUUUCUGGAGAGUCCAGACUCUAGACUGGAGACUCUGGAAUUGAAUGGCUGCAGUUUGUCAGAGAUCAGCUGUGAUUCUCUGGGACCAGCUCUGAAGUCCAACCCCUCCCAUCUCAAACAUCUGGACCUGAGUCACAACAACCUGAAGGAUUCAGGAGUGAAGCAGCUGUGUGGUUUUCUAGAGAGUCCAGACUGUAGACUGGAGACUCUGAGACUGAGGAGAUGCAGUUUGUCAGAGAUCAGCUGUGAUUCUCUGGUCUCAGCUCUGAAGUCCAACCCCUCCCAUCUGAAACAUCUGGACAUGAGUGAUAACAUCCUGAAGGAUUCAGGAGUGAAGCAGCUGUAUGAUCUUAAGAAGAGUCCACUCUAUAGCCUAAAGAAUCUGAGUGUGUACCCUUCGGCAGUCAAUCCACAGCUUCCUGUCAGUGGUAAGUGUCACUGA